AACAUUUUACAGCAGGAAUUGCACCGUUUAAAGCUUGAUUGUAUUAAAAAUUACAAUCAUCUUACUAUGCUGGAUGCAUCCUUUUCACCUGUCGUAGGAAGUAUACAUGGCCCAGCUAAGAAGAGGAAGACAACUCCUGGUAAAACUGUAUUAAUUGGAUGAGUUUUUGCUAAAAGCUGAAACUGUCGACUGUAAUGUGUCAGAAUAUGCCAUGCAUACAGAAACCUGAUGUCAUGACUCAACUCUACAAUCUAGGUAUACCAUGCGUACUGAUUUAUGUACCAAUGUCAAGUGCCCUUUCUCGGAAGGUGCCUUGUCCAUUGAUGCUGUUACAUUCUUGCUUUUAGAAAAGAUCAAGAAGCAUCUAUUUCAGCAAAGACAGUUUGAUUCAUCAAGUUUCAGAUCCCUUUCAGACAAUUAUAAUAAUGGACAGUGUUCUAAUCAGGAUGUAGUUCCAUGUACCGAUAGCAUAAGUUGUGAUGUGUCAUGCUGUUUGAAAAACCAAGGGGCUUGUCGUAUUCAACCAGAUGUUCGUAUUGAUGUUACCAUAUGCCAACUUAGUGACAUUCUCUCAUUGUUGGAGCUUGUUUCAAUCAAAAUGGGCUGGCAAUGGACCAACACAGAACUUGUUCCUCAGCUGCUUCAUGUACUGGACUCUUGUGUGGUGGAGAACGCUGCGGUUGCUAUCAUUGCUCUUCUUGGUCAGCUUGGAAGGUUUGGAGUUGAUGCUGGCGGAUAUGAAGACCAAGGAGUUGAAAAUUUGAGAUCUAAGUUAUUGUCUUCUCUAAACAACUUUUCCAUCAAAGCAGGCACUUCCCUUCAAAUUGCCGCUGCCUCUGCUCUGUUUGCCCUUCUUCCUCUUGAUUUAGCAGUUUUGAAGAAUGAGUUUUAUCUUUCAGCAUAUUCUAGUAAAUCUAUUUCUGAUGACACUGGAAGUUUAACGAAGUGGUUUUUUGGACUAGCGGAACAUCAAAGAGAAUCGCUAUAUGGCAUUUUAAAAUGCACUGAUUAGUUUUUUUUUUUUAUUUUUAAAAUCAGUACCUUCAGAUGAAUUGAUUUAAGAUUUUUGUUCCGAUUCGUCGAGGAUACUCGUUGAAAAACUGUACAGGUUAUAGGAAAUUAGGCGGUUGAGAGCUGAUGUAGCUGUCAGAUUUUGUACACUAUUUUUUUGGGGGAGAAUAUCUUGUUUCCAUAUUUAUAUUGGUUAAUCUAUGUAAAUUUAUAAUUUUAAAUACCAAUUUCGUUACCAAAGUGGCGUUUAUCGUCCAAA